UGUACUACGUAUCGCCGGAUACGUUGCAAAAAGUCGAUUUGUAAUAAAGCAAUGUUUUUACAAACUGCCAAGUGGCAACGUGUGUUAAAAUAUUUCACAUUUUCAUAGACAUCUCUCCGCAAGAAAACAUGUUAAAUGUAAAGUUGGUAAAAAGAACUAUGAAGUUGUAAACUGAACAGAAACUUACUCUCGAUUUAGAUCAGACGGGAAAAAACAUUGCAUUUAAAACUCUUUCCCAGACCCAGGAUGGAGCGCAUGGCGGCGACAGAGUCCAGCUUAAGCCCGGCGGUGGAGUCGAUGGUUCCGGCAUGCAUGUUCGCACCGGACCCGGACUGCGCGAAGGAUUCGACCGGCAAUGAUAGCAGCGAGACCGGCGAGAACCAGAACGGAGACGCCGAGGAUCACUUGGACCUCACCAGCAAGUUGGCGCUGGUCAGCCCUACUGGAGAACAGUAUGACUGUUUACUCAAGCAGCUGCGAGAACGAAUGGAAGAAGGCUGUAGAGAGACCAUCUAUAUGGUGGGAAUGGGAACAGACGGUGGUGAUUAUGGUCUGGAUGAGAGGGAUAUGGAAGCAGCUGUUGCUACAGUGCGGUCGCUAUGUGAGCAGGCUGAUGCUGAUCUGAUUCUACUGCGAGAGAGAGUGGAGACAGUGGGACGAGUCCGGGAUUACCUCAUUCGGCGCAGAGUGGGAGAGGCCGACUUCUUGGAAGUUAGAGUUGCAGUUGUUGGUAAUGUAGAUGCCGGUAAAAGCACACUCUUGGGUGUCCUUACUCAUGGCGAACUCGACAACGGUCGCGGAUUUGCACGACAAAAGCUCUUCCGACACAAACACGAGAUGGAGAGCGGUCGCACCAGCAGCGUCGGCAACGACAUACUGGGCUUCGACCAGGAUGGGCAGGUGGUCAACAAACCGGACAGUCAUGGGGGCAGUCUAGACUGGACCAAGAUCUGUGAGAGGUCGUCAAAGGUCAUCACCUUCAUCGAUCUGGCGGGGCACGAGAAAUACCUGAAGACCACUGUUUUUGGCAUGACUGGGCACCUACCGGACUUCUGCAUGCUUAUGGUGGGCAGUAAUGCAGGAAUCGUUGGCAUGACCAAAGAGCACCUCGGUCUCGCUCUGGCACUCAACGUUCCCGUCUUUGUUGUCGUCACUAAGAUUGACAUGUGUCCAGCUAACAUCCUACAAGAGACAUUAAAGUUAUUACAGAGGCUACUCAAGUCUCCGGGAUGCAGAAAAAUUCCAGUUUUGGUGCAAAACAAAGAUGAUGUCAUCGUUACAGCCUCAAACUUCAGUUCAGAGAGGAUGUGCCCAAUUUUCCAGAUCUCUAACGUAACAGGUGAAAACAUGGACCUGUUGAAAAUGUUCUUGAAUCUGCUGUCCUCCAGAACGACGUUUAAAGACGACGAACCUCCAGAAUUUCAGAUAGAUGAAACAUAUUCAGUUCCAGGUGUAGGCACUGUCGUAUCCGGGACUACUUUACGUGGAUUAAUUCGCCUUAAUGACACACUGCUUCUUGGUCCCAACCCUCUGGGUGUCUUUAUCCCCAUCGUGGUCAAAUCCAUCCACCGUAAGAGAAUGUCUGUGAAAGAAGUGCGUGGUGGGCAGACGGCCUCAUUCGCACUGAAGAAGAUCAAGCGUUCGUCUAUCAGGAAGGGAAUGGUGAUGGUGUCGCCCCGUCUCAAUCCACAGGCGUGCUGGGAGUUUGAGGCUGAGAUUCUGGUGUUGCACCAUCCCACUACAAUAUCGCCAAGAUACCAAGCUAUGGUACACUGUGGCAGCAUCAGACAGACCGCCACCAUCAUCGGCAUGAACAAAGACUGUUUACGGACGGGCGACAAAGCCGCUGUGCACUUUCGUUUUAUUAAGACCCCUGAGUACCUUCACUUGGAGCAGAGACUCGUCUUUAGGGAGGGCAGGACCAAGGCCGUGGGCACCAUCACUAAGCUGCUUCAAGCUAAGAUUCAGUCUACCAAGAAAGCUUCAUCACAUGUGGAGGGCACUUCUGCAUCCAGCGAGGAUGCUGCACAGAUGGGAGGAAGCCCUCAAACAGGACAACCGCCAAAGUCUGGAGGGAGUGGCAGACGGCGUGGAGGUCAAUGGCACAAAGGCAAACCAGCUGUGAGCGGUGGCACUGGGACAACAACAACAACAACAUCAGCUACUGGAGUGGGUGGCAACUGAGCUAACGUUCCUCCUGCCAAUCCUCCAUUAUCUGCUCUGAAUUCUCUCUCUCUCUCUCUCUCUCUCUCUCUCUCUCUCUCAGCCAUCAAUACUGGUUAUCCCUCUGCCCUGAACUUUUUAAAGAGACCACCAGAGGGCAGCAGAUGUUUGUUGUUCAUCCUUAACUUUUUUCCCCUUCCUUUUGUCUUGUCUCUCUGAUUUUUUUUGUUAGUGAGUGCAGAAACAAUCAAAAAACCCUCAAAUGAAGCUGGACUGAGCAUUUUCUCUCCCUGUGCACGCUAAUUAGAAACGUUCAUCUCCGCUGACAGAAUAGUGCCAAAACCAUGACUGACAAGCAUUUCCAUAUCGAGAAUCUCGCUUGUAUACUUUUUGUGUGUGUGUGUUUGAACUAUCCCUUUAACAUCCCAUAAUAAACACUGUAAAAAAAAUGAAAUUUUGCAGCCAGGAUUUUUCCCAGAGGACCCAAUUAAGAAGCCCUCAACUGAAUCCCUGUUUGUGUUCAGCGAUUUUCUUAUUUCUCACGUCAUUUUCCUCCUCCAAUUGAAUUUGGCAAAUGCUGUUGCAGAUGAAUGCAAGAAAUCUGUUCUGCUUGUCAAUCUUUCAUGUCCCCUCAUCCUCUGAUUUUAAUGAGCAUUGUAGCUGCCUAGAUGCACAAAAUCAUAGUGGAUAAAACUGGUCCCUCGUAGUGUCACAAAUUAGGUGCCUUUUGGCUCUCUUGCAUUGUUUUUUCUUUUUCUUUUGUUACAUAGCAUUACUUUUGAAAGGUCUCACCUUUUCAUUGGAGAUAUGUUUUUUUUUUAUAUAUAUAUGUAUCUAUAUUAUGAAAAAUCUUCGCAAACAAUGGUGACGUUGGAAUUUAUCUCGGUUUCCUAUUUUCUCUUCCUCACCACUCCAUUGUUUUUCUGUCAUUUCUUAUUUAUUUUAUUAAUUGAUCUUUGUUGACCACUUUUGACCCAAAAAAUAUAAUGGGAGUACACUUGAUAUUCAGAAGUUGUUCAGGAGUGCAACGCUGUAAGAUCCUUGAUUGGUUUUCUCGUGAUUUAGUUUUUUUUUGCUGUUCAAGUUUCUCUGUUUUUAUGAAACUGUCGAUCAGUUAUCUGGCAGGACGUAACUCGAGUCAAAUCUUUUCCAUCAGGACACAAAGAUGCCUGUCUCUCUCUCGACACAUUUGUUUUGGUUGGUUUAAAUUGCAUUGAAAGAAUUUUUGAGCAUUAAUUGCUGUCUGUUACAUGCAUUUUUCUCAGAGGUCCCAUGGUUCUUGGUUUGUUCUCCUUGACUUUUGAAUCAAUGCAGGCAAAACAAGUUUUGGAUUUAAUUUGUACCAAUCUAGUCUGGACAACAUUGUAAAAACCACAUGCUAGACAUUAUUUCAUACAGAAUUUCAUCCCCCAGGGAAGGUACAAGAUAUGAUUUACAAUCUUUAAGAGUGUUCAAUGCUUGGACUGUUUAUGAUUUUUAUCAGCAAUUUAUUUCCUUUAAGAGCAUGGUUUUAUUUUUUGAAGGACAAAACUGUCUGUACAAAAGAGAUUAAAAAGUGUGUUG